CACAUGCUCAUUUUACGUGCAAGUCUUUUCCUUUACCAUGCGACGACAUCCACUCUCAUCAAGAGUUAAUCAUACUAGAGACUACGGAGUAUUGCGUCAACACUUUGCGAAAGACGUUUUUCCCACUCUUCCAUCUAUCCAUCCUCGGUGCCCGAUCUUCGAAGGCCGCCUGCAGCAUCCCCAAAAGCUGCGCUGACAGGUACAUAACAAGUUUCCCGGAAAAGAGCUGGAAAAACUGAAGGAUCCGGCACCUCACUAGGUAUUUUCAGCCCCAAAUAUGAAAGUACACAAAGGUAUGCCACGCACACACCAAUCUCAAAUGGUUGAUGGGUACGUACGGAGUACUACGGAGUUCAUAAAUUGUCAAUUCAACAUGCAAUAACUCCGUACGUACGCGAGUAUGACAUGAGAAAUGUGGCUGGAAUUCAUACUGAUUCCAACCACUUUGUGUUUAUUCCUCAUUCCGUACGGAGUCCGAGUCCGUAUGUGGUCGGUGCAGUCAUACAUGGGAUACUCCGUACAAUAGCUUGCUUGGUCCAUGACGAUCAAUUCAAGGGGCAGAUCAUCUUUUCCCCCCCCCGGCCACGCCCCCGGUUAUCAUCAAUGGGGGGGGCCAAAACACGGGAGCCUCCCGUAUUAUGUACAUACUAUAGUUUGUACGGAUCAUCACUUUUUGCUGAUUGUUGAAUCUCGCAAAAGAAAUCCACCAACCACGGAGAGAGCGCUGAUCACCAAACGUACACGGAGUAUCCGAUUGUCUUUUAAGAUCAGACACUUUUCCGUACCUGGCUGGUGGGUACGAGGACAUCUUUUCGCCCGGCGUUCGUGUGUCAACGAAGAAGACAGGUUGCGUUUAACAUUCAUGACUCUUCGAUGUGGACGGCCUAAUCAAUGAUUGUUAACCUGGUGUUGCACAUGUUGGUUUUUGCAUUCAUAUCACCCGUUGUUCUUUUCAAUCAAAAGACGCGUUACACCGUUAAUGAAUUACCUACCUCAUACAUACACUUGAAAUACCUAGGUAGCUACUCCGUACCUACCUUCACAUGCCCUCCUCACAUACCUG